GCAGCUUCCGCUUCCGCUGGGGCCGUCCCUAGCGGUAGAGAUGGCGGCGACAGCAACGGAGGCCGCGUCCUCGGCCUCUGGAGAACCCCGGGAAGAGGCUGAAGGUCCUGGCCCCGCCUGGGAUGAGUCCCAACUGCGCAGUUACACCUUCCCGACCCGGCCCAUCCCGCGUUUGAGUCAAAGCGACCCCCGGGCGGAGGAGCUUAUCGAGAAUGAGGAGCCUGUGGUGCUGACUGACACAAAUCUUGUGUAUCCUGCACUAAAAUGGGAUCUUGAAUACCUGCAAGAAAAUAUUGGCAACGGUGACUUCUCCGUGUACAGUGCCAGCACCCACAAGUUCUUGUACUAUGAUGAGAAGAAGAUGGCUAAUUUCCAGAACUUUAAGCCAAGGUCCAACAGGGAAGAAAUGAAAUUUUAUGAGUUUGUUGAGAAACUGCAGGAUAUACAGCAGCGAGGAGGUGAAGAGAGGUUGUAUCUACAGCAAACACUCAAUGAUACUGUCGGCAGGAAGAUUGUCAUGGACUUCUUGGGUUUUAACUGGAACUGGAUUAAUAAGCAACAGGGAAAGCGUGGCUGGGGUCAGCUGACCUCUAACCUGCUGCUUAUUGGCAUGGAAGGAAAUGUGACACCUGCUCACUAUGAUGAGCAACAGAACUUCUUUGCUCAGAUAAAAGGCUAUAAGCGAUGCAUUUUGUUCCCUCCGGAUCAGUUUGAGUGCCUCUACCCGUAUCCUGUUCAUCAUCCCUGUGACAGACAGAGCCAGGUGGACUUUGACAAUCCUGACUACGAGAGGUUUCCCAAUUUCCAGAACGUGGUUGGUUACGAAACAGUUGUUGGCCCCGGUGAUGUUCUUUACAUCCCAAUGUACUGGUGGCAUCACAUAGAGUCAUUACUAAAUGGGGGGAUAACCAUCACUGUGAACUUCUGGUAUAAGGGGGCCCCGACUCCUAAGAGGAUUGAAUAUCCUCUCAAAGCCCAUCAGAAAGUGGCCAUCAUGAGGAACAUUGAGAAGAUGCUUGGAGAGGCCUUGGGGAACCCACAAGAGGAGCCUCUUUAGUUGGAGAGGAAAGCACACGAAAUACCCAGAGCUUAUGAAGCCAUGUGUCAUGCACCCUGUGAGGACAAGAUUAGAGGCUGUUGAGAGAGGAAGAAGAUGAGUGGAGAGCAAAGCUCAGCCUCCGGGCUCCUCCCGGUCCUUGGGCUCAUCAGGGAGGAUGCUUCACCCUGGGCCUCCCCCCUCACAUGUCAUUGUGGCUGUAGCUAUGUGGAAGGCCCUGGUGUGUGAGCAGGUGAUGAGAUGAACUAACAGGCUGAGUGUUAAAGUGUGAAGAGUCCCUCCUUGGAUCAUAUGUCUCCAUGUCACCUCGUCUCUCAUCCUUCUGAUUCUUCGAAGAUCAUGGACAGUAUUUGCAGCAAUUGUUAUUUCUCAGUUUUGUGACUUACAUGUUGGUGGUUCCUUAGGUCAGAGGCUCCCUCGGGGAUUGGAGGCAGGGAUAACGGUGGUGGUGGUUCAUUGUCUCCUCAGAAUGGGAACUUCUGUGGAUAGGAGUGUCUCUCCCCUUGGUAACUUCCCUACCUCUGGGUCUUCUACCAUUCAAAAUCCAGUGCAGAGGUCAGUAGGACUACAGAGAGGGGUCCUCAGUGGUCAGUUUUACCCAAACAAGUUGGAUAUAGGGAUACACUUAAGUGCUUGUGGACUUCCAGAUGCCUUGGCCUUUCUUGCCCGUGUCAUCUUGCCUUUUUCUGGUACCUCUAGUGCUUCCCCCACCGCCCAACACCCCAGUCCCAGCCUGCUUCUCUGGUAUUCUCUCAAAUUGCCUGCUCUAAAGAGAUGUUCCAGCUUCCUUUUCCAGAAUACCCCCUCCCCCAGUUUCUCCUACUCAUCCUCUUCCUACCUAGUCACUCCAGCAGUCCCUUCACCAAAGUCCUUUUUGUAAACAGUCACUUUCUUAGAAGAUCCCUGGCUGCAGGUGUUUGGAUUGACUUUCUCUAGGGUCCCUUCAUCUUUCUUUUCUGAUUUGCAGUAAUUCUGUGUACCUGUUUGUUGUGUGUCUAUUCUCUUGCCAUCCAUUCCUUUGUCAUGUCUGCACAUCCUGGUUUGGCUUUGCUCACUCUGGGAGCCUUUUCUGCUAGUCUUCAGCCAGCUCCAUUCAAUCCUUACAGGGUUUAGGGCCCUCAGCAAAGCCCUGCUGAGCAAUUUUGGUGUGAUUCUGAGGGACAAAGCCUCACACGUGGGCAGCCUUGAGUCCUGUGGGGCCUGUGGUUAGUGAGACCUCCAGUGAGGAGUGAGAGGAGGGAAUCCAGAGUCAUGGACAGUGGAGGACCAGUGAGUAGAGAUUGAGCAGGAGACUCUCCAGGAGUGGAGCUGAGCCUGGCAAGCCUGGAGGGAAGAACUGAAGUUUGUGUUUCUGUCUACAUCCAUCCGUAUGCCUUAGGGUCCAGCAGUUGAGGGAUGGUGGGUCUUUUGCGAAUGUUCCCCGAUUUCUCUCAGGUAUCUUUAGUGAUGCUCCAAGUCACCAAAUUUGGCUCACUUCUGCGUUUCAGUGUUUGAGAGGGAGAAAGCACACUGACUAGUCAUGUGUCAGGAGUGGAAGGUCUUAGACGAGAAAGACCCUGGAAGCCAGGGUAGCAGGAGACGGGGACCCAGUGGUCAGCUUGUAUAACCAGACUGUCACUUCACUCCUCCAGGUGUUUAGUACAAUAGGUGGUUAGAGGAGUUUAAAAAAAAAUUGGGCCUUGCCUUCCCUACCUAAAUCUGGUCUUCAGGUGAUGUUUUAGGAAGGAGUAUGUAUCUUUUAGCUUCCAGUGAGAAACAGCAUAACAAUUGAGUGUAGUGUAUAAAAGCAUGGAUUUGUGAAUCAGAUGUUGUACUUGGUUCAGAUGUCUAAUUCUACCUACCAGCCGGGCUGGACCUUGUUGAUUGAGUUGACCCCUGUGAGCCUCAAGUUUCCUCAACUAUAAUGAUAUAUGUGUAGGGAGAGGGAGUGGGUGUUGAAAAUAUCUACCUCAGGGCUGAUGAAUUGAUGGAAACAAUGAUUGUAAAGCUUUAGCACAGUGCCUGGCAAGCACUUAAUAAAUGGCUGUGGUAGUUGUGGUUGUAUUUUUUAUAUGACUUAUUCAGAAACUCAAUUUUAGUGAUACCUUCACUCAAGAAAAGUAAGGAAGAAUAAAUUAUGCUGGAGAAGCCCAUGUUGCUAUGGAGACAGACAGACGAGCCUUGGUAUCUUAAACCCACCUUAGAGAGAGGGAAACGGUAGAAUUUGAUGCCUUCUGCUUGGUCAGCAGGACUUUUCCUCUACACCAGCCCAGGGCCGGCAUGAGAAGCUGUUAGGUGCAUGCUCCCCUUAGACUCUGAGAGCUGAAAGCAGCUGGAUGAGUGUCCAUUACACCUGAAGAAGCUAUUCCCAACCUUACACCAUGAGACAUUGCAGCAGCUAAGUCAGGCCUCCUCGGUGCAGUGUUAUUUCAUGUAUUUAAGUUAUGUGUGUGAAGAUUAUUCUAGGGCAGGAGGGCACUCAGAAGAGAAUUCAGAAAAAUAUGAGACUGGGAUCUUUAAUAGCUACCAUUUGUGGAGCCCCUGGAGCAUUUCUGUUCCAGACCCAGGGCUCGUCUCUACCCACGUGUGCUCAGUUCAUUGUGGCCAUGAAGCAGGCAGUUGGUGUCAGGUCUGCAGAGGAGAAGCCCCUGACAGGCUCAGGUGUUCACAGGCUUCUGGCAAGAAGUCACAUAGUCUAAGCUGAUUCAUGGAAGACAACCCGGGUUUGGGAGAAGUGAAAGGCUUAAGUUUCUCCUCUGGCUUCUCUCUCCCAGUUGCCAAAGCAAACACUGUCUUCUUCCAUGUUUAAGCAUUUUAGGAAUCACUUAUAGGAAGGAGCUAGACAGUGGACCCCCAAAAGAAGAAAACCCUCUGGUUAGCCAGAGAAACCUUGGAAAAUCAUUUUGGUUGUCAGCCCAGCUUUGUCCUGGAGUGCAAAUGGAUUUGACUUGCUCAGUUGUAACUCCAUCACUGCCUUCUCAGAAGACUGCAUUCUGGCCUUUGGAGAUACACCCUGCCUCUCUGCCUGGAAGAGAUGCUGGAUCCAGUACUUGGGCGUCAGCCUGAGAUGUACUCGGAUUGCCUGGAAUGCUCAGCCUUUUCCAUACUGAUACCCACUGAUCUCUUAGGUUCUGCCUUCACCCCCUGCUACUCCCCUCCUCCCCACUGUGAGCCACUCAUAUCCCUUUGCAUCUGACCCUGGUCUCCAGCCCUGUGGGUGAAGAAGACCUCUCUAGCAGGUGCCAAGCCAUCUUUGGACUGCAGGCCAUUCUGUAGUCACUUUGUAGUCACAUCUAGAUGUCUUUUGCCCUGGAUCUUGGCAGUCUUUUCUCUGGCUACAGAAAAUGUUGCUGUGUUUUUUUCAGUUUGCUUAAAACUAAUUGUUUGGUCGUUGAGGUCAGUCCUGCCCUUCAGGAAAGCUCUACUACUUAUCUCCAAAUCCAAGCUACUUCUGAGCUAGGUUCUGUUACCUCUUGAAUGUGUAGUGUAUGGUGCAAUACAGGGUCUUGGUUGAGAAUGAACACUUGGCAUAUUUGGCUUUGAAUCCUAGGUCUGUCCUCUUACGUGACCUUGAGCAAAUGACACUGCCUGAAACUUCAUAUAUAUGCGUAUAAAUUACCUACCUUGUCAGGGUUACAUGAAAUCAGGUAUGUAAAGAAAGACUCAGCAGGGUGAAUGUUCCAUAGCUCAGACUUAUUUGUCAUUGGCCCCAGCCUUAUCUCUCAAAGACUUGACUUCUCUUCCCAUCUCACUUUCUAACAAAGGUCCUGCCUUUACUGCCAGAGAAAGUCUGGUUGUCGGGUCAUGAGCAGAGCAGAGAUGGUAGCAUAAAUUUCCUGCUCAUGUUACCAUUUACUACCGCUUCUUGGGCUUUCCUGGUGGCUCAGACAGUAAAGAAUCCACCUGCAAUGCUGGAGACCCGGGUUCAAUCCCUGGGUUGGGAGGAUCCCCUGGAGAGGGGCAUGUCAACCCACCCCUGUGUUCUUGCCUGGAGAACCCCCCCACGGACAGAAGAGCCUGGUAGGCUACAGUCCAUGGGGUUGCAAAGAGUCGGACAUGACUGAGCAACUAAGCACCCCUUCUUAGUGAUCUCCAACUUAUUUUUAACAAGGACUCUAAUCUACUAUACUGCCAUUGCUGGGGAAAGAUCUUGUGAAAGUUGUUUUCAAUUAUAUUAAAAAUUCCUGAAACACACUGUCAGUGAAAAUAAAAAACCUCAGACCUGCUGCCACCAAGGGGAUCAGAGGCACUGGAAGUGUGUGGGCUGCCGGCACAACAGGUGUAAGGUGGGUGUGGCAGGGGCAUGGAGGCAAGGAGGUUGGCACAGAAGCUGCUGUGUUCAUCUAGAGGCAGCACAUGGGCUUGUUAAGUUUCCCUCUAAGUUUUUGAAUAGUGAGCUUUUGAUUUGUUGGAGCAAAACCCCACCCACUUUACAGUCAGUACAGUCAUUGUUCUCACAGGCCUUAUGUGAUAUUUUGACAAGAAUGGAGGUGUUGGAUGUGACUCCUGGGCUUAAAUCCCUGUUGUCCACUUCCUAACUAUAAUCUCUUAAGUCUCUGUCUCUGCCACUUCACGUGUGAGGGAUUGAAAAUAGCACAUGGUUUGCAACAUCGUUAUGAGCGUUUGUGAUGAUUUUUUUUAAUUGGAGGGUAAUUUCCCCACAAUACUGUGCCAACCCCUGCCACACAUCAACACGAAUCAGCCACACAGGCACACGCAUGUCCCUCCCUCCCAAACCCUCCCUCACCCCUCCACUCCCAUCCCAGCCCUCUAGGCCAUUACAGAGUACCAGGCCAAACUCCCUGCAUCACACAGUGAAUUCCCACUUGCUGUUUGUUUUACGUAUGGUAAUGUAUAUGUUUCCAUGCUAUUCUCUCAUGAUUUAAAAAACAGAUAUUUGUUUAACUGCACUGGGUCUUAGCUGAAGCAUGUGGCAUCUAAUUCCCCAACCAGGGAUUGAACCUGGGCCCCCUGCAUUGGGAACGUGGAAUCUUAGCCUCUGCACCACCAGGGAAGUCCCAUUUAUGAUGUUUUUAAAACACUCAAUUCAGUAUGGGCACUCAGAAAAUGGUUUAUUAUGAAGACUCAAUAUUUAGUUAGUGCUUGAGGGCUGGGCUUUUUUGAUCCUAUCCUGACUCUCAAUACGUGAAGUGGAAUCACAGAUAUAUUGGGGUGGGGGAAGCAAAAUGGAAAAGAUCAGGUUAUGAAAGAGACGAAGUCUGUGAAAAGCAGAGAUGGGGGCAAAGAUGGUUUGGCUAGGAUGGGGUCUUAAGGAACAGAAGCAGAGACCUAGGCUCUAGGUUACCAUCCAAUACAUUCUACCGUUCCUGUAGAAUGAAGGGAAUGGGGCAGGAGGGUGUCUGUGGACCACACGGUGUGGCUAAGUGGAAGGAACACAAGGUUCAGGGGCCGUGAACCUACGUGUGACCCUUAGAUGUCCCUUUCAUAGGCCGAGUGACUUGGGGCACACUUGUCUCUCUGCUUCAGUCUCCUCUUCCUUAACAGUGGUUAGUAUGACUACUGCCUCCUCUUGUUGAUGGAACAAAAUAUGUGAGAAUGCUAUCUGAACUGGGCACUGUCUGUUACCUGGGUGGUGAUUGGGGUCGGGGUUUAGGGAGCUUUCCCAGAGUGAUGGGUCAUAGAAUUGCAGGAGUUCACAGAUAAGAGCCUCUCGCAUUUUCAACAGGAGACAGUAAAGCAAUGCUGUUUCCCACAAAACCACUGUCCUUUCACUCUGCUAACAUUUGUCUGGUAAGGAUUUUGUUUUGGUUUAAGAAGGAAAAGCAGUGUGCUGACAAAGGUCGUGAGUUUUGGAGUUCCAUGGAUUAGGUUUGAAUCAGUUUCACCACUCCCAGCGCUGAGAUGGUCAGAUUACUUACACUGUCUCUGAACUUUGCUUUCUUAGCAGGCCCCUUUGACUGGCUAUUGGGAAUUAAUGAGACACCUCAAGUAAACAGCUCGGUGAUUAGUACCUCCCUAGUAGUUCGUGAAAGUCGCUCAGUCGUGUCCGACUCUGCGACCCCAUGGACUAUACAAUCCAUGGAAUUCUCCAGGCCUGAACACUGGAGUGGGUAGCCUUUCCCUUCUCCAGGGGAUCUUCCCAACCCAGGGAUCGAACCCAGGUCUCCCGCAUUGCAGGCAGAUUCUUUACCAGCUGAGUCACAAGGGAAGCCCAAGAAUACUGGCGUGGGUAGCCUUCCCGAAUCAAACCAGGGUCUCCUGCGUUGCAGGAGGAUUCUUUACCAACUGAGCUAUCAGGGAAGCCUCCCUAGUAAGUGCCCAAUAAAUAUAAAUUCCCUUUUCUUUCCUUUCUCUUCCUUUCAGUUCAGUUCAGUUGCUCAGUCGUGUCCAACUCUUUGUAACUCCAUGGACUGCAGCAUCCCAGGCUUCCCUGUCCAUCACCAACUCCCAGAGUUUGCUCAAACUCAUGUCCAUCAAGUUGGUGAUGCCAUCCAAUCAUCUCAUCCUCUGUUAUCCCCUUCUCAUCCUGCCUUCAAUCUUUCCCAGCAUCAGAGUCUUUUCUGAUGAGUCAGUUCUUCACAUCAGGUGGCCAAAGUAUUGGAGCUUCAGCUUUAGCAUCAGUCCUUCCAAUGAAUAUUCAGGAAUGAUUUCCUUUAGGACUGACUGGUUUGAUCUCACAGUUCAAGGGACUUUCAAGAGUUUUCUCCAGUACCACAGUUCAAAAGCAUCAAUUCUUCAGUGCUCAGCUUUCUUUAUGGUCCAACUCACAUGCAUACGUGACUACUGGAAAAACCAUAGCUUUGACUAGAUGGACCUUUGUCGGCAACGUAAUGCCUCUGCUUUUUAACAUGCUGUCUAGGUUGGUCAUAGCUUUUCUUCCAAGGAGCAGGCGUCUUUUAACUUCAUGGCUACAGUCACCAUCUGCAGUAAUUUUGGAGCCAAGAAAAGAAAGUCUGUCACUGUUUCCAUUGUUGCCCCAUCUAUUUGCCAUGAAGUGAUGGGACUGGAUGCCAUGAUCUUAGUUUUUUGCGUGUUGAGUUUUAAGCCAACUUUUUCACUCUCCUCUCACUUUCAUCAAGAGGCUUAGUUCCUCUUUGCUUUCUGCCAUAAGGGUGGUGUCAUCUGCAUAGCUGAGGUUAUUGAUAUUUCUCCUGGCAAUCUUGAUUCCAGCUUGUGCUUUACCUAGCCCAGCAUUUCACAUAAUGUACUUGGCAUAUCGAUUAAACAAACAGGGUGACAAUACACAGCCUUGACAUACUCCUUUUGCAGUUUGGAACAGUCUGUUCCAUGUCCAGUUCUAACUUGCUUCUUGACCUGCAUACAGAUUUCUCAGGAGGCAGGUAAGGUGUUCUGGUAUUCCCACCUGUUUAAGAAUUUUCCACAGCUUGUUGUGAUCCAAACAGUCAAAGGCUUUGGAGUAGUCAAUAAAGCAGAAGUAGAUGUUUUUUCGAACUCUUGUUUUUUCUAUGAUCCAAUGGAUGUUGGCAAUUUGAUCUCUGGUUCCUCUGCCUUUUCUAAAUCCAUCUGGAAGUUCUCAGUUCCCUACUGUCCCUUUAGGAAGCAUCUAGUUUACGCAUUGUAAAAGGAACUCAGUUGUCCAUGCCUUGGUAUGAACAAGUAAUAUCAGAAUUCCCUUUUCUAGGAUGAGAUCAGUUGCCCAAAGGAGUGUGAGAAAGAAUUUAGGGAGAAGAGUGCAGGACUCUGCUAUAUUGGAGCUGGAGUAGGGGUCCUUUGGUCAUCUCGUUGGCAUGGGGGUGGGUGAAGAAACCAUGGUGUUGAGAAAUGAGUUUGAAGAAAGAAGGUGGGUGCUGAAUGCUAGAAGGAAAAGUCAGUCAGUGAGGAGGCUGUGCGGAGUGGAAGACACGGACAGGUCGGUGAGCUGUGGAUGAGAUCAGAGUUCUGCCAGGAAAACCUUAGGAACUGUGACUGCAAAUCAAAGUUGUGAGGGAAGUCUUAUAUUCAGCCUGCUGUCAUCUUAAUACCUCCAAAACUUGUGGUCUUUCUAGAAAGGAAGAAUAUAAAAAGAAAGCAGAAAUCUUCAAGAUGGAAAGCCUUUUAAGUGUUUUCAGAGCCGAGGAGAUGCACGACCUAAACAAGGUAUCUGACAGCCUAGGUGGGAUUCAAGAUGUCUGAGAAAAUGCAGUAGGUACUGAAAAACACCAAACUCAGGGAUAUGAGCUGGGGACCAACUCAUUAGGUAAUGGAGGCCCUGUGCUAAGGCUUUCAGAGACAAUAAGGAAUUUCUGGAUCCCUUUUUAGAAUAUAGUCAGUAGCCCAAUCAGUGUUUCUGGUUGUUUUACCAUCUUAACCAUCUGAGAAGGCCACCUUCAAAAUAUAUAGGGCAGUAUCAGUUGUUUCCUUGACAGGAAAGCAUCUUUUAACUCGGGAGAACUUAGAAUAAAGGAUAGGCAUGUUUAAGAACAUGGAACCUGCAGCAUUACUAUGUUUACUUGAAGGAAUCUAUGCAGUUUGUUUUUAAAUCCUUUAACAUAAGAGGGAGAAUUUGCCUUUUAGUUUGAUAGGUUUACCUUAUAAUACCAACUAAAGAGUGUUGAAUAAUUUAUUUAGGCUUGAAUUUUAAGUUGAAAUCUUGCCAAGUCUCUGUUGUUUUGAAAGAUUUGAAAUGAUUUGAGAUUUGCUGUAUUAGUGUGAUUUAUUGGUGAUAUGAUAAGUACUUGGGAAGGUUUGUUUUAGUCUGAUAAAUGAAGUACUUAAGGAAAUAAAAUAUAUUAACCUUACAUAACUCCUUGUUUUAUAAACAAUAAGAUUUGCAAGCUGAGCUUAACAGCUUAGGCAAGACCUAGGAUUUUGAAUAUGAACUUUGAAAAUCGAGUAUGACUCUUAAAAUCAAAGUAAUUUCUGGAUAAUUAUUUUCUACACACAAAAGUAUCAGACACCUCCCAGGGAAACGGCAUGUAGCAUUAGUAUUAUAACAGACCCACCCACUCAGCAUCUCCAGGUACCAGUCAUUCUCCAAGCACUGGAAGCAGUUAAAAUGGCCACCAUGGGUCACAUCAUAGCUACAGACAUGGGUUUUGAAAGCUUUUGAAGUUGGUUGGCAACAUUUAGGAUAAACUUGAAAAACAAACAAAAACUUGGUUUCUCUGGAAAAUUAGAAGAUCUGGCAAGUUAAAUCACAUUUCCCAUUUGACAACAGUUGGCUCCAGCUGAGUAGCUACCACCACUUUCAGCACUUUCCUUCCACCUUGCCAGUCACCACUCUUCAUUUUGGUACCUAAUACCUGGUUUAUCUCACCUCUGUGACCUGUGUGACUGACUUUUUUGCAUGUCAACCCCGAACUAGAGAUUUUUCAAGGUUCCUAACAGCUGAUCAAUAGCUGAGGGAAGGGCUCAGGAAAAGUGCAGUCCCUGCCCGCCUCUCUAUUCUCAUCAUCCCUACCCUGGCUGGGCCUUCUUUUCCCAUCCACGUGACCCUAUGGCUGGCUUCAGCCCGUGGAGGAAAUACACUGGAAGUUCCCUGGCUCAAACUUCUCCACAUUAGCUGCUCUUAUUUAUAACCAGACUGCUUCCAGAUAUUCUCUUGCCCAAUCUGCCUGGGCUCUGACCUCACGUCUCUCAGUUAAUGUGACCUUCCUGCUUACCUUGCUUAUUUAACCACAGCCUUGCUUUGGGGUUUAGUGUUCCCAGGCUCUGCUUUAUGAAGCUCCCAUAGCUGACUAGACCUGGUCUGUCAGGCUUGCUUGUGAAUCUUCCGAUUCAGACUCCCAAAUCCCAACCCAUCUCCGCCAUCACUGCUCACUCACUGGGCAGUGUGAUUACUCAGCUGAGGAAUGGAGGACUGUUGAAGGUUCAGGAAACAUGAAAGGUGAGGUUGGAAGUGUUUGCACUUUCAAGAGAAGGAUGGAGACUGAAGCCAAUUACAGUGUAAGGAGGCAGACAGAAGAAGGCUUUUUAGGUGAGGGAGGCCAGCAAGCCUAGUUGUAGACAGAGGAGAAGGCAGCAGAAGAGAGAGAAUUCGGGUGUGAGAAGAAGGUCACAGAGGAGGCACAGGGUGAUAAGAUAGGAAAUAGCAAUAGUUGGUGACACCCAGGGAGAUUCUGAAGCUUAGACGCCUCUUAACACCUUAAGAGUUGCAGGAGUGGGCACUGUUGGAAUUCUGCAGUCCCCUAGAGUUAGGGUUAAGAAAAUGAUGUUAGAGGUUAGGAGCGUAGAAAGAGGGCCUGGCCAUGGUGGGGCUGGACCUGGGGCAGGAGAAAUUUCCAGCAGUGCAGCCAGCAGCAUCUCUCAGUAUCUGUAGACAUAGUAGAAGCAUUUGAACCAAAUGGUCAUGAAACUUGGUGAAAAUGAGACCCAAUGAGGGUUGGUGUUGGAUCCACAUCAGCCUGGACUAGAAAGAUGUCUGCAGCAGUGUGCUUUAGGGCUCAGUCUGGGCCUGUGUCCUGUCUGACAUUUUUAUUGAUUACUGACCAGGGCGGCAGGCUCAUCAAGUUUGCAGGUGAUAGAGCUAGGAGGGGCAGCUAAUACUUUCCCUGAAAGAGUCAGGAUUCAAAAUGAUUUCAACAGGCUGGAACACUGGGCUGGAACCAACAAGAUUAAAUUUAACAGGGAUAAAUGUAGAGUCCUGCACUUAGGUUAAAACAAAAUCAAUGACAUAAGUACUGGGUGGGGGGGCGGACCAAACUUGACAGCGGUUCAUGAAGAAAAGACCUGGGGGGUUUAGUUGACUGCAAACUCAAUAUGAGUCAGCUGUGUGAUGUGACUGCUAAAACCUCAAAUACAAUCACGAACUGCAUUAACCAAAAAGGAGCAGCCAGAUAAAGGGAAAUGCUUACCCCACUGCUUUCUGAGAUUGUCAGGCCACCUCUGGAAUACUGGGUCCAAUUCUGAGGUUCAUUUUCCUAAGGAGAUCAGUGACAAAUGAGAGAAUAUUUUGAACAAGCAGCCAGUGUGGCAUUAGGCUUGAAUACUGCCAGAAAGUUUCCAGAAAUUCUGUGGUGCUGAGGUUCUGGGAUGAAGGGCAGGAGUGACCCCUGGCAAAGACGAUUGUGUCUAGAGCACUUUUCUGCUAUUUGGGAGGCUUCCCUAGUAGCUCAGACAGUAAAAAAUCUUAUUGCAAUGCAGGAGACCCGGGAUCAAUCCCUGGAUUGGGAAGAUCCCCUAGAGAAGGAAAUGGCAACCCACUCCAGUAUUCUUGCCUAGAGAAUUCCAUAGACAAAGGAGCCUGGCGAGCUACAGUUCCUGGUGUUGCAAACAGUCGGACAUGACUUAACUAAUACACAUACAUGGGGACCUACUUUUCCUCACUUCCUAUGGGUACCCAGAGGCAUUGGCCUGCAAAUAUCAUCCUGGAUUUCCUGAAGUUGGGCAAUUGGGGAUCAAUUAGAAGGGGUCUAGGACGGGGAUCAGUGUGAGAGCAGGUAGAGAAACGGGGCAGUGUGGCAGUAAGGAAUCUGCACACUUGGACCCCAGCAGCACCUUCCCAGCAUCCUUCUCCAGGACAUGUAGUCCUCACUUCUGUCACAGCGUGGCGCCCUCACUCCAUGCCGAGAUCCCGAGUCCACAGAGGGAGCCAAGUGGGCUGCAAGGCCGCAGCUGCCCUUCCCACACUCCCCACUGCAGGGAGCCCACGGGGCCGCUCUCCUGAUGUGUGACUGGCCUGGGCUCCCGUGUGGUGAGAAGACAGACGUGGAAUUCAGGUGUGGCUACUGUUACAGCUGAGCAUUCUGGCCUGAGCUACUGUGCAUGUGGCCUCUUGUCUGCCCUGGCACGGAGCCCAGGGUGCAGAGAACUGAUCCUCUGGCAGGAGGGUUCCUUGGCACCAAGAGCUUCAUCUCUAUGGAGUCAUGGACCAACCCAAAUCCCCUGCCAUGGGUUGGCUAACUUGACUGUUCGCAGUUUACCCAAACUAAGUUUUGUUUGUCUUGAGUUCCGUAACUAUUUGAAGUAGAGUAACACUGCCAAGUUCAUAGAGUUGUUAGGACUGAAUGAGUCAGGCUUCUAGGGCAAUAUUCUGAACAGUUACAGGAAUCACCAGAGGAGCUUGUUGAAAAUAUAGAUUUGUGGCUCCAUCAGCAGUCAUUUGGUAGUUCUGGAUGAAGCCCAGAAAUCUUUUUAGUCAGCUCCUCAGGUGAUUCCGAUGUCCAUGGCACUUUGAGAAACUGAUCUAGAACAUACAAGACUACCUAGUAUGCAUUAGUUCUGUUUCUCAGCACACAAGGACAGUGUGGCGAUCAAGAGUACACAGUCUUGCUGUCUAGAUUAUUUAGCCAAGAUGUUGGGAGGAGGAGGAUGGGUCUGGGGACAGGAACACAAUGUUUAAGCCCAGAAUGGGUGUUUGAGACCUGAGGAGGCUGAUAGAAGGAGGGCCAUAGGGAGAGCAGGGGUACUGGCAUUGUUGGAGAGUGAUGGGAGUGUGUCGGUGUAUUGUAAUGCUGAAUGUAAUGUGUUGUUGAAGGGAAUGAGAUCAAAGUGUACUGGGGAGAAGGAGUGGAGAGGGUGGGUUGGGGUACAUUGACGUUUUCUUGAGGAGCUGGAGCUGGAGAUUUGUUAUAUCAUGAUGGGGUCACGAAGAUGAAGUGGUGGAGACUGUGAUGCUCAGUGAAGCCCCACGGGGGCAGUCAUGCUUCGUGAUUUAUGGUGAGACAUUAAGCCCAGGCUUCUGACUAUUCUCUUUUUGGUUCUAAGAGGGGAGGUGAAUGCUCCUUAAGCUUCUGGGGGAACUUUUCUGCUCCCAGCAUGUACCGGCUAAGUGUGUGUGUGUGUGUGUGUGUGUACCAGCUAAGUGUGUGUGCGCGUGUGUGUGUGUGAGAGAGAGCGACUGAGAGAAUGGGGAGGGGAAGGUGAGCUUAUGUGAUGAGAUUUUGAAAAGUCUUUCCCUGAAUUUCCUGACUGACUUGAGAAGAGGGAGUCAGUCUACUCAGCCAGUCAGUUUCCUCUCCCCUACCUUCACAUACAAAAUAAUGUUUGAUCUGCCUGGUUUCUCUUGGGGUUCAACUCGCCAAAAGGAGGCACUCUUGUCAGCUGCUCAUGAACAUGAGGAUGUCUGCUAACUGAAGACACCUUCCAGAAGCUCUGAAGAUCUUCCCAGAGGAACAUUCUAGAAAGAAUCCUCGAAUUUCAACACUGGAAUUGGAAGAGAUCUUAGAUGCCACCUGAUGCAGUCUCCCUCAGUUUGGUCCUGGAAAGACCUUGUGAGGACACUCUACUUUCUAAGCCUUUGGAUAUCCCAGAGCAUGGUGUAGGAGACAACUCAUGUGUUACCUAGGGAAAGGGGAGACUCAGUAGAGUAAGGUAGGGGUUUGUGGGUUCUGCUGGUAAAUGCCUAGGAGGUCAGAGGUAGGUGAGAGCCUAUAGAGGGCUCCUUAGAGCCAGGCAGCUGGAGCUACGGAUUAAAAUGGGUGGAAUUUAUUUUUAGUUACAUUUGUUCAAUAAUUUUAUGAAAAUUAAGGAAACAAAAAAUACUGGGAUGAGAGGGUGAGGCAUCUGUCUGUAGGGGAGCCUGAAUCCAUCUGAGGUUUGGAAGACAGUAGAGAGACCACCUUGGUUAGAGAGCUGGGACCACUGUCAGAGCAGAGUAAGUGAGGAAGACAGAGUGGUCUGGCUGUGGCGGGAGGGGCGAGACUGGAAGCCAGAGGAAGGACACUGGGGGUUGGGUUCAGGCAUGAGGAGGGUUGAGGCAUGAGGAGCAGUUGAGAGCACCCAGGAGACAGAGGACAGAAGAGGUUUCCAGGGCCAGGUGUGAAUAUACAUCCCAUCCAGAGAAGUACUGCUCAAGGAAGCAGGAAUGGAACCCAGAGAAUGGAGGUCGUUGAGCUGGAGAGAACUCAGGAGGGGCAGUCACAGAUCAAACACUAGUAGCUUCGUUUGAUACAGGAGGUAGGGGUGAAGACCAGUGAAGAUCCUUAGAGUUGGUGAUUAAGAGGUCAGCAGAAUAGUAGGGGUUAAAGAGUGAGUUGGUGGAUAAGAAAUGGGGCAGUAAGUAUAGACCACUGUAGGUUAUCCUUUGAGAAAUAUACACAGGGCUGGAGAUGGGCUGUAGUCUGAAAAACAAGCUGCAGCAAAGCUUUGUUAGCCUGGGGGAGAGGAGUAAAUCUGUGGACAGAGGACAAGGGAGAAGGAGCUGUUGAAGAGGAAGAGAUUGAGCAGACACUGGGAAAGAGCCAAGUUGUAGACAGGGAUCGAACCUGCAUCUCCUGCAUUGGCAGGUGGAUUCUUUACCACUGAGCCACCAGGGAAACCCAUCCAUGAAUUAGGUAGAUGCUAUUAUUAUUAUUUUAUAAAUGAGGAAAUUGAGGUUCAGAGUGGGGAAGUAACUUAGCUGAGGUCACACAGCCAGUUGGUGUCAGAGUUAAGUUUGGUUUUUCUGAUUCCUAAGCAUAUGCUUUCUGCUGUGCCUUUUAAUCACUACUUACUAGGUAAGUGACCUUGAACAAAUUAAUUUCUUCCUCACUUUCUUCAUCUGAAAAGUAGGGAUAAUAAUAAUGCUAGCUCAUAGAUUUUUGUGAGGAUUAAAUAGAUUAAUAUGUGUAAAGGGCUUAAAACAGGGUCUAGUACAUAGAAAGUGCUACUUAAGAGGAUGCUUCCAUCAGUAUUAUUAUUUGUCAUUAAUCCUCAUAGCCUCCAGCCAGAAGCUAAGGACUUUUAGGAAAGUGAAAGAAGAUCUUGGAACAUACAGGUAAUUUAGAGAGGAUCAAGUAGUGGGAGAAAAGUGAGAGAACCGUAUCGUCCCAGUGGUUCUCAACCAGGGACGUUUUUGUUGAUGUGGCCAGGAAGAGCUUCUGGGUUUUGAUGGAAUCAGGAGUGUUAACAGUGUGCAGUCAUUUCCCAGUUGAGAAUGUGCAGGAGAAACUUAGCUAGAAAGGAUGCUUGGUAUUUAACUCCUCAGAAGAGUAGCAGUUCCAGAGACUGGGAGCAGCUUGCUCGAGCAAGUGUCGGGAGGAGCUUGAAGAUCUGCCUGGCUGGGGAGAAUUAGACUCUGUUGGAGGCAAGUGUUCCUGGAGGGAAGGGAAGGGUUAGGGCUGCAGAGGAAGCUGGGAGCACAUCCCAGAAGGUCAGACCGAGGGCUCUGGACACUGAGCAGAGAAAUGGAAACCCGUGGGGUUCUGGGUGAGAGCAUGGCAUACUUAGGGAGACCACUCAUGCAGUCAGGGAAGACAGUGGGUGAGAGGGGGAGAAUUUGGACCAAACCCUGGAGGAAAGACAUGAAUUGGACUAGAUUUGGGGCUGAAGUGUGUGAAUAAGCAGCAACCUAAGGGACACUUGAAGGAAAACUCCCAGUGUGAAGAUGCAUGAAUGGAGAGUGGGCUGAACCUGACCUAGCAGGCACAUGACGUAGGAGAGAAUUCUGGGAGAGGUGAGCUGGUUUGGGACUCAGGUGGUCACAGUGAAUUUAGUGUGUAGUGAUGGGGAAUCUGAAACGAGAUAUCUGGUGAGGAACUGGGGAUGCUGGUACAAAGUCAGGACUGAAGUACCGAUUUGGGAGUCAUUAAUCCACAUUAUUGAGUACGCUCAAUACACAUAUAAAAAUGGGCCCCUUUGAGGGUCAUUCCUAUGGGGUUGCUAGUUGAAUUUAAAGUCCUGCUUGUAGAUAAGUUGGUCAUGGGAGAGAGUGUGGAGAGGAAAGCACUGAAAACCUUCAGACUGAGCCUUGGCCCCUUCUGCAGGUAAGAAGAGUUGCUGGGAGAGAGUCAGAGAGGUUGGAGAACUAGGAGAGGGCAGAAAGCUUCCGGGGGGGCAUCACCAGUGCCAGAUACCUCAGAGAAGAAGCCUGGGGCUGGCUGCUUCCAGAGCAAGUGACUUAAGGACAGCAGUAGGGUGGAGGCCAGAGACAGGCAGAGGGGCCACUAAAGGAAGGAUGGUUGGUGGGCUGGAGAAGUUUGGGAACUCAAGGAAAAAGAGAAUUGAGGUUCCCAAGGCAGGUUGUAAAGGGGGUGUACAUGAGAGAGAAAACAGGCUGAUAGAGUAGGAGAGGGAGCACUCCUCUGAGCUGAGAGGUUCCCAAAGAACCAGCCCCACCACAGGUACAAAGUAGUAGAUUUCUCUUGGCUCCCAUUCUCUGGCCUUUCUCUGCUCCUCUUUUAACCCCUAGUUUAAGCUAUUAUUUCCUCCAUGCCUCAAGAAACACAGAGAAAAACAGCCCAUGUCCUGUGGCUUUCUUGAUUUAUCUGGCUUCUCCACCCUGCCCUCCGGACUCAGCGGCUCUCACCUCCUGUGCCCUCAGCCUUCCCUUCUCCAGGAUAAAGUCCAGCUCCUCUAAGGGGACUGCACUGAGAGUUCUUUCCUGUUUGCCAUCCGCAGUGCAUGCGGGCUUUUCAGAAAGCUUGUGGACCACCCUGUGCCCUUCUCCCCCUCCCCCACUGUCUUCUGCUGGUCCUAUUCAGGCAGGGCUUGCCUUUUUUUGUAUGUUGCUUUGAUCACAGUCACUUCUGAGAAAUGGUUCCCUGAUCCCUCCCCCACCAACUCCCUGGUCUCUGAGUCUGUCACCAGACUUAGGAAUCAGCAAAAGAUGUUGAAAACUCCUCUCCUCGGGGAAUCCUCCACCAAUUGGGCUCAUUCAAUUCUUAUUGCUACUUCCUCUGUCGAUUUUGCAGAUGGGGGUCCACUUAGAUAACUUUGCAGAUAAAAAGCAGCACCUGCUUCGGCAUCUUCCUGUUUUGGAACUAUUCUGCUUCUGUUGUAUUGUAAUAUUCCAGAAGGCAGCUAGAGAUCACCUAGUUCAGGGAUUUCAAAAACUAUUUUAAAUUUUAGAACCUUCAAUUCUAAAUACACACACACACACACACAGAGAUAAAAGCAGAAAUGCUGUGGCUGAAGUUUGCUCACCUUCGCUCCCAUCCUUGCCCACAGCAGCUUGGGUGUUCCUGAGCCCCUGGAGCUCCACAGAGCACAUUCUGAUGUCUUCAUUUGCGGGUGAGGAAAUGAGGCCCAGAGAGAUGAGUCACACAGCAAGAGCAAGCACUCAGGAUUUCCCCAUGAUCUUCCCAGUUCUGGCAUUCUAGGACUUAUUAACUAGCCAAGCUGUCCCUCUAGUGUUCUUUUAUGUACUUUGUGUUUGUCAUUCAGUCAUUUAGAUGUUUAUUGAGCACCUGCUAUGCGUUGGGUACAGAGUAGGCCCUCAGGACUAUUAGGUAGCAGUCCUGGGAAUCAGUGAAAGCAAAAGCAGACUCUGCUCUCAUAGGGCCUUCAGUCCAGUGGUGGAAACUGAAAAACUGUAUCUAUGAAGAGCACCAUAAUGGAGAGAUCAGCAAUUUAAUAAGGAGGACUUAUAAGUGGCAUGUCAGUCCUUUGGGACUUUUAGAACAAAACACAUAGACUGAGGAGCUUAUAAACAACAGAAAUUUAUUUCUUACAUGUUUCAGAGGCUGGGGAGUCCAAUAUCAAGACACCAACAGGAUUAGUUUCUGUUGAGGGCCCCCUCCUUGUUCAUAGAUGACUGUCUUCUCACUGGGUCCGCACACUACAGGAGGGCGAGGGAGCUUGCUGGAGUCCCUCUCAUAAGGGCACCAAUCGCCGCCCAAAGGCCCCACCUCCAGAUACUCUCAUGGUGAGGAUUAGAUUUCAACAUAUGAAUUUGGAGGGGUGCACAGACAUUCAGUCUACAGCAUGAGGGAUUUAACCUAGUGAGGAAGUGACCUGAAGCCAAAAGCUGAACGUAAACUAGAACAGAGGAGAGAAGAGUUCCAGGUGAAGGCAGCAGCGUAAACAAAGCCCAGUGGAAGGAGGGAGCUGAGUGGGAUGAGGAAUGAAAGGAGGCCAGUGUGACCUGAGCAUAGGAAGUAGGGCUGUGGCUGGGCAGGCAGACAGGGGCUGUGUACAAGACGGGACAGUGCAGGCUGUUGAGAAGUACUGGAAUUAGAUUUGUGUUUCAGAAACUUGUCUCCAGUUGCAAAAGUAACUGAAUGACUUGUGCCCUACUCUGUCCCAGCUGGGUUCCUUUCAUUCCAUCUCCUUCUGUCUGCUUUUCUGAUCUCAGUUACAUGGUGCUUGGGGUGUUACUAGCAGAGUUUGUUUCCAUUUUUUACAGCGUAUGCAUUUCAGCUCUAAGGUAUAUGUGUGCAGUGUAGUGUGUGAAUGUGCUAUGACUGUAUCAUUUAUUCAUUCAAUAAAUAUUAAGUUAGUGAAUGCCAAAGAAUCUGCCUGUCAAAGCAGGAGAUGCCAAGAGAUGCAGAUUUGAUCCCUGGGUUAGGAAGAUCUCCUAGAGUAGGAAAUGGCAACCCACUCCAGUAUUCUUGCCUGGAAAAUUCCAUGGACAGAGGAGCCAGGUAGGCUACAGUCCACGGGAUCACAAAGAGUCGGACAGGACUGAAAAACUGAACAUGCACACUUGAGCCAGGUACCAUUUGAUUAUCAUUAUGGGCAACCAAUAAGCUGGGUGAUAGCAUGUCCUCGUGUGUGAUGUUGGUGUGUUGUGUCGUCGUGUGGGUGCCUGCGUGUGAAUGUGUGGACUGUGUGCUCUUAGUGAUGGUCACUGCAGGUGGCUGUGUUACCCCACGGCUAUUGGUGUAUGUCUCUCCUAGGUGUCCUUGCAUGUGACUGUCAUCAUGGGUGUUGUGUGUCACUCAAUAUAACAACAGUGGGUGUGGUGUGGUUGAGGGUGUGGGUGUGUUGCUGUGCAGUGUGAAUGUAGGACUGUCAGGGUAUGGCAUGCAUGGCCUGGCCAGGUGAGGCUUGGUGUGUGAUGUGUGUGUGUGUCGGUGGGGGCCAUGGGAGACCCCCAUCUCCCGCCAUAAAUCUGGAGGAGAAUGAGCUUCCUGGACUGUUGGAGGUACUCUUGGUGGCCCCCGGAUGAUUGAUGCGGGAAUGGAGCCUCCGCCUGGCGCGGCCCUGGGACGUUGGGAAGCUGGAGCCUCCCCCACUGGCGCUGGAGGGAGAGGGGUUAUAGGGGCGACUAGGCGGCUCUGGGCUGGCCAGACGAGGCCAGAUUAAUAAAGAGGGACCCGGGGGAGGGAAGGCCAGGGCGGCGGCUGCGGCAGGAGGCAGCUGAGAUGAAAGCGGCCCGACUGGUGAGCAGGCAGGUGGCCUCUCCCCUGCCCUGUCAGCACUUUUUAAUGUCCCCCUGGUUAGAGUGUGCGGGGGGACUGGGGCGAGGGGAGCCAGAGCUCACCUUUCCCAGGCCCUGGGGGAGGGGCUGGGGUUGCUUUUGGUGGGGUGGGAGGAAAGCUGUCAGAGGUGUAACUGAGAGGAAGAGCCUGGCUCAUGCCCUAAACGCUGUCCCCUUAAACACCUUGGCUCAGGCUAUCCAGGGACAGCAAGGUUCAGAAGCAGCUGGAGAAACAGAAAACCAGAAAGGCGGGUAGAAGGGGGUGACUGUGUGUACAAAUGUGGGCACAGCACAUGCAGGUUACUGUCAGGUGGGAGUGUGUAUGUGUGUGUGUGAGAAAUUGAACCAGCUACAUAAAUGAGCGUGAGGCUGAGUUCAAGAGAAUGUGUGAGCAAGACCAAGACCCUGUGUGUUUGUGUUUGUUCAGCUCUCUGCUGUUGGCAACUUAAAUUUUUAAACAGGGCUCUCGUCCUGGCUUGGCCUGUUAGUAUGUGGUUUUGGGAAGUUCGUUUAACCUCCCUGAGCUCACACUCAACUGUAAGUCUCUCUGUAAAUGUUUGGGGUCAUUGUUAAAAAUUGCACAUGGGGUGUGUUAGGUGACUGUGUGUGAAGGUGUGGGUCCGGAGGCCUGAGGGUCAUGGUGGUUAUCAGCCAUAGUGGGUGCGUGGGUGAGAGAACAAGUGUGUUAGUAAGUGUGAACUUUAUUUGCAAUGACCUGUUGUGGGAGGGAGUAUACAGGUGUUUGAAAUGUAUUUGCUAAUUGUAGUGAAAUAUCUGUGUGGGUCCAAGAGUAGGGAGUGUGUCUGUGUGUGACCAUGAAUGUGCGUGUUUGGGUCCCAUGUGUCCAUUGGCAGUAGGUGAUUUUGUGUCUCAGGGUGUAUCUGAGUUAGUUGUCCUGGCACCUGCAGUGAACGGGUGCCUCUUGGAGUGUACACUGGCCAUGUGGGGGUGUGCGGGGAUGGAUUUGCGUGUCCGUGUGUCUCAGUGUGUGUCCCAAUGCAAGUGUGGUUGAAUGUGCCUUUGUCUCAGUCGCGUGAGUGUGAUGGCGGUAUGUGGUGCCUUGGUGUGGCUGUGUGUGACAGUGUAUGUGCGUGUGUGCGUGCGCGUGUGUGUUUGGUGAGCGGCUCUGCUGCCUUAAGCACCUUUCGAAUACAUUGGCCACAGCUCAUUGAAUCCUUUAACAAUCUGACUCUGCUCUUCCUUCCCCGUUUUUUCUAAUUCAGUUCCUCUUAUUACAAAAAUAAAAAAUAAAGCGCUGCCCCUUUCCAGUGGCUGGCCCCGCGGAGCCCCUGCCUCGGGACCAGCCUCGUUUCACUCCAUUUCGGGGAAAACGGGAAGUCGGUAGUUUUAAAAAAUAUUUUCUACUUUAUUUGGGAUUUAAUGUUCUUACAGAAUCCUGCUGCCUCCCUCUGUUCCCCCUCCCCACCCACCCCCAGCCCCACAUGCAAGAGGCGUAAUGGCCCGUUCAGCAUAUUAGGGGAGCCAAGUGUGCGCCCUUGUGUGUGUGUGUGUGUGUGUGUGUAUACAUACCCACACUCUUGGAGAAAAACAUGCAGAGACCCACAGCAGACACACUUAGGAAUACACAGCAGCUCAAAUGUAUACUCAGACAUAAAUUUAAACACUCUAUCCUAAUACUCAGACACCACACAAAGACAGAGACAGUCACACUCUGAAGGGAAACACAAAAGUAGGAGCACUGUCAGGGGAGUCUCGGCAGAGACAUGAAGGGAACCAGACAGGUAGAGAGGGGAGGAAGGAAAGAGAUGUGCUCCCAGUGACAGAUCAGAAGCAACUUUUACACCAUAAAUGAACAUGAGUGGUUCAAGAGAACGAGAGGGUGUAGAUCAUCCCUGGGCCAGGUCUUGUCCCUUUUGUACCAGGGGAUACUGAUGGUCAAAAAGUGAUAAUUCAAGAUGAAGACUAGAUGUGGGGACAGAAAUAAUUCUGUGCCACUUGCCUGUGUCCUGCUCUCAGGGUUCCAGGGCAGUAAAAUGCAUAACUGUAUACUUGUGUGUGUGUGUGUGUAAGAUGUGCUUUUGAGCAGGACUAACUUAAGUGCCACAUACAUAUUAGGCUCAACAAAUGUUUGCAGAAGCUAGCAAGGCCUGGGUAUGGCUGUGUUUGUCUUUAAAUGUAUAUUUGAGAACCUGUGUCUACACACAAUGGGAGCAUCCAUUAUAGUGUAUAAGCCUGUGUAAGUGUGGCUGUGUAUGGCCGUGUCCACACAUAGACUGUAAGCCCCAUAGGGGCAAGACCAAGUAUUCUCUCUGUAGCUCCAUCACUUAAGAAAGGGCCUGGCACAUAGUAGGUGCUCAAUAAAUAUUCAUUCAAGAACAAAUGAAUGAACAAAGUCACUCUGGGAGAUCACAUAGCUUAAAGGACCUGAUUGUCAUGGGUAGAGACCAUGAGCAUCCCAGUCUCUGGGCAGGACCUGGGAAGAGGGGAGAUGGUAUACAGCAUGAAUGUGGAGGGUGGGAACUCAGGCAGUCUCUCCCUGCCUCUGUCUCUUUUGCUAGGAGAUGUGGGCCCUGUGGUCAGUGCUUUGUCCAGAGUGAUGAGUUUCAAGAGUUAUUCUGGUGGUGAAAAAGAGAAAUGAGCUAUCCAUUUAAAAAAUAUGGGACAGGUGAGGGAGAGAAGGGCAGAAGUGAACAGAAAUUCAAGAUGGAUGGAUGGACAGAGACAGAUAGGCAUACUGAGUAAACACACGAACUCAUUAAUAGAUUUAUUUAUAGACAGACCAAAAGACAAAUAGAGACACAGAUAAACAGGUGUACAGAUAGACACACAGGCUGACAUGGAUAGGCAGGCAGUCUCCAGGAGGGACUGACAGAUCAACAGACAGGCAGACCAAUCGAUACACAGCUAGAUGGACAGGUGAUUGCACAGAGAAGAUGGAUAUAUAGCUCAGCAUAUAGAAUGGGCCUCCCCAAUAGCCAUGCCCCAUAUUCCAUCCUCCCUCCUUCCUAGUGGAGCCCACUCUUUUGUUUGGUGCUCGGAGACCAAGUGCUUUGGGGAAGGUUGAAUCUCUCCCUUGCCCCAGAGGUGACUCUUAAUUGGUCCAGGAAACUCGUGAUAAUUCUAUUCCCCUUGCUGGAGAUUGAUUAAGAAAUGGACAUAUGAUACAAGUCUGACCAUUGAAAUGUGGGAGGAAGUCUGUUAAGGAAACUUUGGGGAAAUUUUACCUCAGACUUAUACAAAGACCCACAGAGGAGACGUGCCCUCUUCUCCCCUGGAUUCUGGACUUUGCUGUGUGAAGGUGUAACGUGUUGAGUUGCUGCAGCCUUUUUGAAACCCUGAGGCUUCUCCUGAGUCAAAAGCCGAUGUGCCAGAGAUGGCGGAGGAUAGCUGUGAAAAUCUGGGUGCCAGACGAUGCCCCCAGAGUCACAUUAACCAAUUUAGGAAUCUCCCUGCUCCCAAACUUCUUGUUAUCUGAGAUAAUAUUUUUUUUUAAUCAUCUAAGCCACUUUUGGUAGGGCCAUCUGUCACUUGCAGCCCAAAGCAUCCUAAUUGCUACACAAAUCAACUGACAAAUUGGCAGACAACUAGUUAGAGCAAAAACAGGCAGAAAAACAAAGGGGCAGAUGGACAAAAGACAGACAGGUAGUCAAACCUCAGGCAUGUAGAUAUAUGGCUAGUUAGACAAAUUUAAAAGCAAAAAGAAAUGGGUACAUGAAUGGAUGGAUAGAGAUGGACAGAGAGAUAAACAAACUGGGCAGCAGACAGUUGGAAAUACAAUCAGACUCUGACCCUCAUGUUUAUGUUUAUCACUUGUUAGAUACUUCCUUGUUCCUGAAACUAUGUAAUUAUCUUUUUUUGGGAGAAAUUCUCUCUGUCCCUUUACCCUCUCCUGCCCCCUCUCUCCCUCUCCCCUACCUUCUCUCCUAUCUCUGCCCUCUGUCUCUCUUUUUCUCCCUCUCUCUCUCUUUUCUUUUCUUCUCCUUUCCUUUUCCCCAUGUCCUCCCCCUCUGCUUUCUCCUCAUGCCUCAUGUUCCUCCCCUUGUAUACAAGCACACUGACCUCCAACUAUGUUGAUAACAUCAUCAAGAAAUUCUUCCACCAUGUCUUGUGCUUUCUUCUCUGCUCUGGUCAGAAUCCAGGCUCCUGCAGGUUCUUGGUUCAUCCCCUUGACCUUUCAUAUUCUCAGUUCCACUUUUAACAAAGAGACCUUAGCAUGUUUUUUGGGUUAUGGCCUUUGAUGUGUUCCCUCAACCUUGCUUGUUAUCUGCCCAGACACUGACCCUUCCUUCCUCCCCUCCUCCACUGCCCUUGCUCCUCCUCUUCCUUCUCAACAUCAACAAGCUUCCUUGAGAGCCUCCUGUGUGUAGAGUGUACCCUUAGGGCAGAGAUCUGGAGCCUGACUGCCUGGGUUGUAAUUCUGGCUCUACCUCUUCCUAGCUGUGUGACCUCAAGCAAAUUUCUUAGCUUCUCUGAGCCACAUUUCCCCAUCUACAAGAUGAGAUUAAUAAUGGUAUUAACACCUGCUUCACAGGACUGUUGAGAGGAUUGAUUUGAUAUGAGAAGGGUGCUUAGAACAGUCCCUGACAUAUCAGUUCAGUUCAGUCACUCAGUCAUGUCUGACUCUUUUUGACCCCAUGAAUCGCAGCACACCAGGCCUCCCUGUCCAUCACCAACUCCCGGAGUCUGUCCAAACCCAUGUCCAUCGAGUCAGUGAUGCCAUCCAGCCAUCUCAUCCUCUGUUGUCCCCUUCUUCUCCUGCCCCCAAUCCCUCCGAAUCAGGGUCUUUUCCAAUGAGUCAACUCUUCGCAUCAGGUGGCCAAAGUAUUGGAGUUUCAGCUUCAGCAUCAGUCCUUCCAAUGAACACCCAGGACUGAUCUCCCCUAGGAUGGACUGGUUGGAUCUCCUUGCAGUCCAAGGGACUCUCAAGAGCCUUCUCCAACACCACAGUUCAAAAGCAUCAAUUUUUCGGUGCUCAGCUUUCUUCACAGUCCAACUCUCACAUCCAUACGUGACCACUGGUAAAACCAUAGCCUUGACUAGAUGGACCUCUGUUGGCAAAGUAAUGUCUCUGCUUUUUAAUAUGCUAUCUAGGUUGGUCAUAACUUUCCUUCCAAGGAGUAAGCGUAUUUUAAUUUCAUGGCUGCAAUCACCAUCUGCAGUGAUUUUGGAGCCCAAAAAAAUAAAGUCUGACAUUGCUUCCACUGUUUCCCCAUCUAUUUCCCAUGAAGUGAUGGGACCAGAUGCCAUGAUCUUCGUUUUCUGAAUGUUGAGCUUUAAGCCAACUUUUUCACUCUCCUCUUUCACUUUCAUCAAGAGGCUUUUUAGUUCUUCUUCACUUUCUGCCAUAAGGAUGGUGUCCUCUGCAUAUCUGAGGUUAUUGACAUUUCUCCCGGCAAUCUUGAUUCCAGCUUGUGCUUCUUCCAGCCCAGCAUUUCUCAUGAUGUACUCUGCAUAUAAGUUAAAUAAGCAGGGUGACAAUAUACAGCCUUGACGUACUCCUUUUCCUAUUUGGAACCCUGACACAUAGUCAGUACUAUAAAAGUGAGAGUUCUGCUUCUCACUUUAUUAUGCUUCUGACUCUAGGAAUUCAGAAUUCUCAAGUAUAAAGGAAGAUAAUUAUCAGCAACUCAGUAUGCUGAGGGUCUUAUAUGUGGUGUCUCAAUUAAAACAAACAAAAAAAACCCUUGUGAUAUGGAACUGUCACCACACGUGUUUCCUGAACAAGGCGAUGAGGUGUUAGGUGGCUGAUGUGACUCGCAAGAGGCCUCAUCACCCGUACGGGGAAGAUUCAGGAGUUGAACUCAGAUUUAGUUGAUUCAAAAGCUGUGCCUUUUCCAAGACAUUGUGCUGUUUCUUUAAUUUGUGGAUCAAGAGUUUAGGAUUUGGAGUUAGCAAUUCAAGGAUAUGAGGUAUCCAGAUGCUGGUGUUCUGGGUGUCCUCGUUACCUUGACUGGGAAAUAUGAAUAGCUUGUUUUCAGAGUGGUUAGAGUGCGUGACAUGGGAUUGCAGCCUCCCUGCCACACAUCCCCACCCUCUGCCUUCUGAAAUCAAUGCUGGCCUCACAGUAUGAUUUGGGGGUUCCCAGUGGGUGAGGGUCAGGUGAGUACUGGAAGACAGCAAGAGUCACCAAAUUAAUGCCUUGCCUGAGGUCAGGAAAUCCAGGGCCACCUGGAGAUGAAUUAUCUGGUUAAGAAUCCAUGACCAAGGGAUGGGUUGGGGAGGGAGGUGGGAGGGGGGUUCAGGAUGGGGAACACAUGUAAAUCCAUGGUUGAUUCAUGUCAAUGUAUCGCAAAAACCACUACAAUAUUGUAAAGUAAUUAGCCUCCAACUAAUAAAAAUAAAUGAAAUAAAAAAAUAAAAAAAGAAGCCAUGACCAGGUAAGUCAAUGGAGACAGAGGGUUUUGCCACUUAUUGCCCUGCAUUUAAAGAGCUGCAGUGCUGGGGUUCAUGAGGACUGUUGCCUUUCUCCAGUAGUGCACCCACCCUGGACCUCUGAGUCCUCAGGGAGCCUAACUGGGAGACGUGAGAACUGAGGGCUUCCCCAGGAAGCAGAUUCGGAGAUAGAGAUAAUACACAGAGUGUUAUCAGGAAGCUCUUGGGGUCAAAACCUUUGGAGGGAGAGGAAGGAAGCAGGACUGGGCAGAGGCCAACCCUUUGGGCCACUCUGGGAAUAGAAUGGCCCUUGAACUUUUCCCCAAGUUGGGGCCAGAUUUUCUACCCUUUUCUACCUUUUCUACUCUUGGAUCAUGGAAUACAAGUAGUCCCGGAAGUGGGUGUGACCUUAGGCUGGGCAGCUUUCCUCAACUGAGGCCAUUCCCCCAUGGUAACAGAAAGCUGAGGACUGUCUGCAAGCACUCCCAGCAACUGGGGUAAAUCCUUCACUGAAGGGGAUCGGGCAGCACAUUAUAGUGUUUGCCAAGUCACCUUCCUGAGCUGGGCAGGACAGGGCACUCACACAAUGAAGGAAGGCUUCUGUGUAUGAGACAGUUCCUGGGCUUUGAGAAGUGUAAGUAGG